AUUUGUUUUGCAAAAGGAAAAAAGGAAGUUGGAAGUUGGAAUCGCAAGCAAAACACACCAUUUCCCUCACUGCCUCUGGAGAGUGGAAAUUGGGAGGAAACCGGUGACGGUGAAGGGAGAAAGAAAAGGAAGUGUCAACCUCGAUUGAACAUUCAACAACCAUAGAAGAAGAAGAAGAGAGAAAAUGUGUGGGAUAUUCGCGUAUCUCAAUUACAACGUGAAUAGGGAGAGGAGGUACAUAUUGCAGGUCCUAUUCAAUGGUCUUCGCCGUUUGGAGUAUCGCGGUUACGAUUCCGCCGGAAUCGCCAUUGACUCUGAUCCAAAACCCGCGCCGCAAGCCUCCUCCGCUUCCGAUUCCGAUCCUCCUCCUAUCGUCUUUCGCCAGGAAGGCAACAUCGAGUCCCUCGUCAAAUCUGUCUACCAAGAUGUGGCUAAAUUGGAACUAAACUUGGAGGCAUCAUUUUCCACUCAUGCUGGAUUAGCACACACCCGGUGGGCCACUCAUGGAGAGCCUGCUCCCAGAAACAGUCAUCCACAGAGCUCAGGUCCCGGAAAUGAAUUCCUAGUUGUUCAUAAUGGGGUUAUCACUAACUACGAGGUUUUGAAAGAAACACUCAUCCGACAUGGAUUCAUCUUUGAAUCUGACACUGACACAGAAGUCAUUCCAAAGCUAGCAAAGUAUGUUUAUGACAAAGCAAAUGAAGCAGCAGAUGGCCAGGUUGUUACCUUUAGUCAAGUUGUUCUGGAAGUUAUGAGGCAUCUUGAAGGAGCCUAUGCCCUUAUUUUCAAAAGUUCGCAUUACCCUAAUGAAUUGAUUGCGUGCAAGCGUGGUAGCCCACUGCUUCUAGGUGUUAAAGAAAUGACAGAAAAUAAGGAGAAUGGUUCUGCAUUUGAUGACAACAAAACCCUAUCAAAAGAUGGAGGCCCCAAGGAAUUAUUUUUAUCUAGUGACGCCAACGCUGUGAUUGAGCAUACAAAAAAAGUGCUUGUUAUUGAAGAUGGUGAAGUAGUUCAUCUCAAGGAAGGUGGGGUUUAUAUUUUGAAGUUUGAAAAUGACAAGGGAGAACGUGUUGCUUCUCCUACAAAAAGAAAUUCAUGAGCAACCAGAAUCUCUAACAACCACUAUGAGAGGGAGGCUUAUACUUAGAGGAUCUAGUAAAUCCAAGUCUGUUUUGCUGGGUGGACUGAAGGAUCACCUCAAAACAAUUAGGCGUAGUAGAAGGAUACUUUUCAUUGGUUGUGGUACAAGUUACAAUGCUGCUUUGGCAGCAAGGCCUAUCUUAGAAGAACUUACUGGUAUUCCUGUCACUAUGGAGAUUGCUAGUGAUCUACUGGAUCGGCAGGGCCCAGUAUACAGAGAAGAUACAGCUGUUUUUGUUAGUCAGUCCGGUGAAACUCAUGACACGCUAGUUGCACUGCAAUAUGCUUUAGACAAUGGUGCAUUAUGUGUUGGAAUAACAAACACUGUGGGUAGUGCAAUUGCAAGGAAUACUCAUUGCGGUGUUCAUAUAAAUGCUGGUGCUGAGAUAGGUGUAGCAAGUACCAAGGCAUACACAAGUCAAAUAGUGGUGAUGGCCAUGUUGGCUCUUGCAAUAGGAGGUGAUACACUCUCCAAUCAAGCUAGAAGAGAAGCCAUAAUAGAUGGUCUAUUUGACUUGCCAAAUAAAGUCAGAGAGGUGCUGAAGCUUGAUCAGGAAAUGAAGGAUCUCGCAAAGCUAUUGAGUGCCGAGCAGUCGCUUCUCGUCUUUGGGAGAGGAUACAACUACGCUACUGCUCUGGAGGGAGCUUUGAAAGUAAAGGAAGUGGCACUUACGCACAGUGAGGGAAUACUUGCUGGUGAAAUGAAGCAUGGUCCUUUAGCAUUAGUGGAUGAAACUCUCCCAAUUGUCGUUAUAGCCACGCGCGAUGCUUGCUUCAGCAAGCAGCAGUCUGUUAUUCAGCAACUUAUUGCCCGCAGAGGCCGCCUUGUAGUUAUGUGUUCAAAAGGGGAUGCUUCUUCUGUAAGCCCUAGUGAAACUGUUAGGGUAAUUGAAGUUCCACAAGUUGUGGACUGUCUUCAACCUGUUAUUAAUGUAGUUCCCUUACAGUUACUGGCGUAUCAUCUCACUGUACUGAGGGGAUUCAACGUUGACCAGCCACGUAAUCUUGCCAAGAGUGUCACUACACAGUAGACCCAUGGAUUCCACUUCCUUCCUUGGAUUCUGACAAGAAUUGAAAUAGAGGCCCUCUUUAUUGUUCUUUUGUGUGAUGAUUUCUGAUGAUAAAUAGACCCUUUUUAAGUUUGACAUUUUUUUGAGGAUACAAUACAUACUAAAGCAUUGUAAAUUACUGAUAGAUGUAGGCGGAUUGUUCCAUCAAUAGAGCCAGCUUUUCAUGAGGACGAGAGCAGAACAUGAACCAUUUACUGUGAAGUAUUUGAAGAAUUUAUUCAGUAUGGUUAUUAUAACUUUGAUGUACUAUUAUAUACCAUGAUUUGGGAAUGAAAAGCUUCUCUUGUUGCAUA